AUGCAGGGCGGGCGGCCGUCAGUCGACCGGCGGACGCCGCGAGCGACGCACGUGCCGCGCCAUGUGACGCUGCCGGCCGCGGCCGCCAUGACCGAGGGGGCGGGCAGGCCUCGGCCAGCGCCGCCCCGCAAGCCGGACUCGCUGAGCCUCGCUUGGACGCGCUGGGAAGACCCACCACCGCCUGCACCCGAACAAAAGCCCACCCAAACCGCAGUCAACGAUGACUUUGGCGGCUUCUCCCCCUACUCGUAUACCCCGCCAACUCCGAUCCAGACCGAGCGGCGAACCAGACGACCACAGAGUGUCGUCUCCCCACGACCCCAAAUCCAACUCACCCGACGCCCGCACUCCAUUAGCUCCAUCGACGAUGAGUGGUGUGGGCAAAUCCUGCAGCCGGUCCCUCGUCGGCCCAGACCCGUUCCGAUGUCGACUCUCCCGCGCGCGAGUUUCAUACCGUCCUCGAGAAGUGAUUAUCAGUUGCAACGGCCUGCUAUUAUGACGAACGGUUACGGUGCUGUGCCGCCGUCGACGUCCAGGCGGCUGUCGUUGCCUGGUAGCGGGGUCCAGAGUGCCCCGAAACCUUCGGCGACGUUCCACGGACUAUCAGGUCUGAUGGGACCCAACCCUACCUUAGGAACUCCGAUGACCCCUAGCACACCGGCUGCCGUGAGAGAGGCUGUACGCCAUUUGUUGCAGCAGCCAAGGAAUGGUUUUCCUAUUAUGGACCACAGGUUAUCACUUUUCAUCGAUAUCUUGGACGCGCAGGAAAAAUUCUCACAGGUGAAGGAAAUAAACUAUCUAUUGACAACUUUAUGA